GAAAUUUCUAAUAGACAUGGCAGAAUACAUAAGUCUAAAAGAAGACGGAGGAAUCUAAAAGCUGAUUCUUGAGGAAGGCCAAGGAGAUUUACCCUAAAAAGGAAAUGUAUGCGAGGUAUCCAAAAUUUAUAAAUCUUAGAUGUUCUAUACUGGAAAAUUGGAGGAUGGCACAGUAUUUGAUUCAAACGAAGGAAAGGAUCCUUUUAGUUUCACAUUAGGCGAGGAGGAGGUCAUCAAAGGAUGGGAUGUUGGUGUUGCCUCGAUGAAAAAGGGUGAAAAGGCGCAAUUAAAAAUUAAAUCAGAAUAUGGAUAUGGAUAAUAAGGAAGUCCUCCUAAAAUACCAGGUGGAGCUACUCUUAUUUUUGAUGUCCAAUUAGUGGAUUUCAAAGAGAAAUAGAAGUAAAAAUGGUAUAAAUGAUUAAAAUAAUAUUAGGGAAUUGAGUGAUGAAGAAAAGACUAAUGAAGCUAAGCGAUUCAAAGAAUUGGGAACCACUGCAUUUAAGGCAAAGAACUAUCCUGAAGCCAUUAAAUAAUAUCUUGAGGCUGUCAGCUAUUUUGAAGCAGAAACAGAAUUUGCUAAGGAAUAAAAAUUGGCUUCACAUUUAAACCUUAGUCUUUGCUAUUAUUAUACAAAAGAUUACAAAGAAUCUCUAGAUCAUGCAACAAAGGUUAUUUAAGAUAAACCAAACAAUGCUUAAUUAGUUAAGGCAUAUUAUAGAAGAGCCAUUGCACAUAGUUCUUUAGCUGAUUACACAGAAGCAAAGAAUGACUUAAAGGCUGCUUAUGCUAUUGAUCCAAAUAAUUAAGCAGUUAUUGAGGAAAUGCAUGAAGUACAAAACAAGAUAAAUUUGUCCAAAAAAAAAGAGAAGGACAUUUAUGGAAAGUUAUUUUAAUAAUCAUACUACGAAGAAGAGGCAACUCCUAUUUCUUUAUAAGAAAGUGAUCCAAGCAACGUAACAACAUACUUUGAUAUCAAAAUCGGAGAUGACGAACCAAAAAGAAUGGAAUUCACUUUAUUCAAGAAAUCUUGUCCCAAGACAGUGGAGAAUUUCAGGGCUCUUUGUACAGGUGAGAAGGGUAUUGGCAAAGCAGGAAAGCCUUUGCAUUAUAAGGGUUGCGAAUUUCAUAGAUUGAUUAAGGAUUUCAUGAUUUAAGGAGGAGAUUUCACUUAAGGAAGUAAAGAAUAUUAUUAUAUUUAAGAUGGCACUGGUGGUGAAAGCAUUUAUGGAGAGAAGUUUGCAGAUGAGAACUUUACUCAUAAACACACUGGAAGAGGAUAUUUGAGUAUGGCUAAUGCUGGUGUAAAUACAAAUGGAAGCCAAUUUUUCAUUCUUUUUAAGGACACUCCUUGGCUUGAUGGUAAAUAAAUAAAGCUAAAUUAUAGGAAAACAUGUUGUAUUUGGUAAAAUAACUAAGGGUAUUGAGUUGCUUGAUGUAAUUGAGAAGAUUGAAACAGAUUAGGACAAGCCAAAAGUUAGUAUUGUUAUAGCUGAUUGUGGAGAAAUCAAAUAAUGAUAAUUUAAUGUAAUUAUUAUUAUAAAUUGUUAUAAACAAAAUGCC